AUGGCCAAGGGAAGCUGCUUCUGUGGUGCGUGCAGCAUCGAGUACACUGGUGACGUCCAGGCGAAGGCAUUGUGCCACUGCAAAGAUUGUAGGAAGAUCACCGGCUCGACCUACAGCACCAACUACAUCGUCGACGGCGAAGGCUUCUCGGUCAAAGGCAGCCCAAAGUCCAUUGGGAAGAAGGGCGACGACACCGGAAAUACUGUGACAUCCUAUUUCUGCGGUGACUGCGGCACGACUCUCUACCGCGACGGAGCGACCUUUGGGAAUUCCAAGGUGGUCAAGGCCGGCGUUUUGGACGACAACAAUGCUUUGGAGGAUGCUAAGCCAGCUGUAGAGCUCUAUGCGCCUUUGAGGCCUUCGUGGGUUGCUGCGAUUGGAGGUGCGGACCAGAAGAAGAACAUGCCUGGCUCCGACAGCGUGUAG